AUGAUUCAACCUCAGCUAAUUCUCCUCCGAGAGGGCACUGAUACGUCUCAAGGAAAACCCCAACUUAUCAGCAAUAUAAAUGCUUGUACUAAUAUUGUCGACAUGGUGAAGACCACCCUGGGUCCAUGCGGCAUGGACAAGCUGAUCCACAAUGGUCGUGACGUCCAAAUUUCUAAUGAUGGUGCCACCAUCAUGAACUUGCUAGACAUCGUUCACCCAGCAGCGCGAUGCCUCGUGGACAUUGCCCGUUCCCAGGACCACGAAGUAGGUGAUGGUACCACAUCCGUCGUCAUCUUGGCUGGGGAACUCCUUAGGGAGUCGAAGCAAUGCAUUGAAGACGGUAUUGCUCCACAGCUUAUCAUUAAAGCAUACCGCAAUGCUUUGGCAGUUGCGCUCAAGACAUUGGACCAACUGAGCGUACCAUUCGUGGCGAAUAAAAACACGAUUGACGAAAACUUAAUUCACUGCGCGGAAACUGCCCUGAAUUCUAAACUCAUUAAUAACCAGCGUUCUUUUUUUGCAGAGAUGGCGGUUAAAGCUGUGAAGUCGUUGGAUAAUGACAUGAAUCUUGAUUAUAUUGGCAUCAAGAAGGUGACAGGUGGGAGCGUAACUGACAGUAUUCUAGUGGAUGGCGUAGCAUUCAAGAAGACCUUUUCCUACGCUGGAUUCGAGCAACAGCGGAAAAUGUUUGUUUCACCCAAAGUUCUUCUUCUCAACAUAGAACUUGAGCUGAAGGCUGAAAAGGACAAUGCCGAGGUGCGUAUUAAGGAUCCAAAACAAUAUCAAUCUAUAAUAGAUGCUGAGUGGAAAAUCAUUUUUGAUAAGCUGGACAAGUGCGUUGCAACGGGUGCCAACGUGGUGCUAUCGCGUCUGCCUAUUGGGGACUUGGCGACUCAGUACUUUGCUGAUCGUGAUAUCUUCUGUGCGGGCCGUGUGUCCAGCGACGACAUGAACCGCGUGAUUUUCGCCAUAGGUGGUGCGGUGCAGUCUACUCUCAGCAAUGUCCCUAAUACCGCGCUCGGCACUUGCGAUCUUUUUGAAGAACGCCAGGUUGGUACGGAGCGGUAUAAUUUUUUCACGGGCUGCAAAAACUCCAAGACAGCCACCAUCAUUCUCCGCGGUGGCGGACAACAGUUUAUUGAGGAAGCCGACCGAUCACUACACGAUGCUAUCUGCAUCGUGAAACGUGCCCUUAAAACAGGGUCUAUUGUUGGUGGAGGCGGUGCUCUGGAAAUGGAACUGAGUACAGUACUACGAGAGUACUCUCGCGGUAUCCGUGGAAAGGAACAGAUGGUUAUUAGCGGCUUUGCGCGGGCGCUGGAAGUGAUUCCACGUCAAUUAGCAGAUAAUGCCGGGCAUGACAGCACGGACAUUCUUAACAAGUUGCGGCAAAAGCACUAUGUCUGCGAUGAUAACUCGGGUCGUUGGUAUGGUGUUGAUAUCAUCAACGGCGGCGUCUGCGACAGCCUUGCCAAUUUCGUCUGGGAGCCGACAUUGGUGAAGCGCAACGCCCUCCAGAGUGCGACCGAGGCUGCGUGCUUGAUUCUUUCGAUUGACGAAACUGUGACUAACAACGAGUCCGAGGCCGCAAAGAAGCAGGCAGCGGGGGGUGGGAUCGGCAGCCGUGGGGGGAUGGCUAUGAGCAAGGCAGGAAUGGGUGGUAUGUUUGCUGGUGCGCCUGGUGUGUCACGCUACAAGGGUGGCCGUGGUAAGUAA